GUUGCGGUCAGUCUCAAACACCAGGCGCGCGUUGUUGGCCCCCGGGACCCGAUCCCUCUCCUUCUCUCCUUCUCUGACCCGACCCGACCAAUCCAAUCCAUCCCCUCUCCAUCUCCCAUGACCAUGAACAGCGGCUCGGCAAUAUACUACUGCUAGGUUAUGCUACUCCAUUACGAAAAAGCGCAGAGAGAACGCAGAAUGGAAUCGUCGCUCUUAUCAUACUCCAUGACUCCAUCACUAGACUAGAGAGAGAAACCCUUGUACCCUUUGUUCUGUUUAUCCCCCAUUUCUCCGAGUCACCCACCCAUCGCCGAACUUCGAGUCCAAGGAAGCGGAGCCACCGGAGAAGGGGAUAUUUGCCUUUCCCGUCGGGGGUCUAGGGAGCAGGAGAGAUGCAGCGGCGGCGGGGGCACACGUGGGCGGGGGUGGGGAAGACGGCCCAGGCGGCGUCGGCGCACGCCGCGCUCUUCUGCUUCACUCUCCUCCUCGCGCUCAGGGUCGACGGACGCACCACAUACUCCUGGUGGUACGCGCUCUAAACACUAACCUCCCCGUCCCCUCCCACCUGGCUUUCGUCCCUCCCCCUCCGCUUCGAUUCGAUCUAAUUAGUUUUGUUUCAGCGAGGGGAGGGGCUUCGAGUUAUUGGACAGCGUUCUGAUUUGAGGGGACCGGGGGAGAGCGUCUUUCUUGCGAUGCAGAUGUAGUUUUGGAAUUGGCGGAUUCGUAUGCUCGUUUUUUUUUGCGUGUUGCGUGCGUUUCAGGGUUGGCUCUUGGCUGCUGGUAGCUGGUGCUGGAUAAUCUGCUCCGCCGACGUGUAAUUCAGCUACAUGUCUGGGGCUCAGAUGAAUGUUGAGAGCUGCUGGUAGUUCUCAAUUGAUGCUUAUCAAUGACCCCAUCUAUAACCGAGCUGAUGCUGGCCAGCCGCCGGCAUUUCCUCACUUGGUGUUGUGCUAGGAUAAUAGACAGCAGAUUUUAUGCCUUUAAGCACUGUUCUGAUACGCCAAACGCAACGAUAAAACCUUGUAGCUAGAAUUAGGAUAAUAUUCAUUCCACUAUGGCUCUUUCAUGGUAUUGUUGCGCGUGGAAGGUUUUCAAUGCCUGCCCCUUCAUUACCUCAUGGCCGUCAUUGGGCACCAUGUCAUUCGAUUGUUGCAGCGCCUUUACUAAUUGCGUUCGAGCUGCUUCUCUGCAUAUAUCUUGAAAGCAUAAGAGUUAGAAAUCAUCCAUCUUUUGAUCUGAAGAUUGUGUUCCUUCCUCUGUUGGCCUUUGAAGCAAUUAUCCUUAUUGACAAUUUUAGAAUGUGUAGAGCUUUAAUGCCUGGAGAUGAAGAAAGCAUGAGUGAUGAAGCUAUUUGGGAGACGCUUCCUCAUUUUUGGGUUGCAAUUUCAAUGGUGUUUCUUAUAGCUGCUACAACAUUCACCCUUCUCAAGCUGUCUGGUGAUGUUGGUGCUUUGGGCUGGUGGGAUUUGUUUAUAAAUUAUGGGAUUGCGGAAUGCUUUGCAUUUCUUGUCUGUACAAGAUGGUUUAAUCCCAUGAUUCAUAAGUCCCCCACUCAUGGGGAGGCUAGCUCAUCAUCAGCGGCAAUUAGGUACCGUGAUUGGGAAAGUGGUCUUGUCCUCCCAUCACUAGAAGAUCACGAACAAGAGAAGCUUUGUGGUCUACCUGACAUUGGGGGCCAUGUAAUGAAAAUACCUCUUGUGGCUUUCCAAGUAUUGCUUUGUAUGCGGUUGGAGGGCACACCACCAAGCGCUCGCUACAUCCCAAUAUUUGCUCUUUUCUCGCCACUAUUUAUUCUGCAAGGUGCUGGUGUUCUUUUCUCUCUAGCAAGAUUAGUGGAGAAGGUUGUUCUGCUAUUGCGUAAUGGACCAGUUAGUCCUAAUUACCUUACAGCCUCAUCAAAAGUUCGCGAUUGCUUUGCUUUUCUUCAUCAUGGUUCAAGGCUUCUUGGUUGGUGGUCUAUUGAUGAAGGGAGCAAGGAAGAACAAGCCCGGUUAUUUUAUACUGAAUCUACUGGGUACAAUACCUUUUGUGGCUAUCCGCCAGAGGUGGUUAGGAAAAUGCCUAAAAAGGACCUUGCAGAAGAGGUUUGGAGGCUACAGGCAGCUUUGGGAGAACAAUCUGAAAUCACCAAGUGUACCAAACAGGAAUAUGAAAGGCUUCAAAAUGAGAAGGUUCUUUGUAGGAUUUGUUAUGAGGGGGAGAUAUGCAUGGUGCUACUUCCCUGCCGGCACAGAACUUUAUGCAAAUCUUGUGCUGAGAAAUGCAAGAAGUGUCCAAUCUGCCGUGUGCCAAUUGAAGAGCGCAUGCCUGUAUAUGAUGUUUAAACCUCACUAACUCAGCUUAACAAUACAAAUUUGUGCAUGUGGGUUCUGUCAUGCUGUGCAUUUAGUCUCGAUCACAACUUUAAGCUGAUUGAGGUUUGCACUUCAGAAAGGGUCUGCAAUAUAUGGGGGAAAUACAAGUAUAUCAUGUCUAACCAAAAGCAUGGAUAUGUGGUUGAUGAGCAUUGUCGUUUUGGACCAGUUAUCUACUGUAAGUAUGUGGUCAGUGUAUUUCCCUUCCCUCUUGUGAUUGGUAGAUGAGUCAGAUAGUCUUGUUCGCGUAGCAGCAUUUUCUCAGGGAUAUGCAGUUGUUGAGAAGAAAGUGAAACAAAAACAGACUGUAAAUAAAAACACUGCCUUGUUUGAAUCUAGUCCUUGUUUGAGAAGAAAGUGGAACAAAAAAAAUGUAAACAUCUCUGUUGUAUUAUUUUGUAGUAGAAAAAUGUCUGCCGAAA